GCUCAACACAGGGUGACUUUUUCUUGACAUGGUAACAUAUGGGUACGUAACGAAGACAGACGUGCAGAGGAUCGCGAGUCUUGCCGAUCAGACAGUGAUAGUGAUCAAGUCCCCUCCAGGGUCUCUUCUGACCGUCCCAUAUCCUGACGAGCAAAUCACCAUGAGUCUUCAAAGCUCAUCGAGCAUGCCAAACAUAACAAUAAUAGAAACUCCGGACAGUUCCUCCUAUCUACAAAACUCCACUCUACACGAGAGUACAGAAGAUCUACCCAGCGAGGCAGGACACCGCACACUUGAGCAAUCAACUCGACGCCAGGCAACAAACCCUGCAUGCGACAGGGUCUCUACAUCUCAAGAUAACCUAUUUCUAGCAACAAACUACAACAGCAGUUGGCCCCAACCUGCAGGUAACCAAGCGAGUAUGCAUCACAGCACUCCUGGUAGAGACGUCACAGAUACAAUACACUCCCCCAGGGCAGACGAUGAUGAGGUAGAAGAGGCGAGAGAGGAUGAGUACCAGGUGCACGACAUAUGCGGCUACAGUAGUGGCGCCAAGCACUUUUGUUUACAUGACAUCGAUGACAAAAUAAUAUCAUUGUUUCCAGCGGUGAGCGACUGGGAAAUCUACUAUCAGGCUUUUUGCCACACCACAGGGAUAACUCCAAUCUAGUACACUGGGACUACUUGGCAAAGGAAUCUCCGGCCCAAUUUGAGCAACAGUUAGUGGGAAGGAAUUCAGACUGACACAAAGCGCAGCUGCGCAGAAGGGGUGACAUGUGCGGGCUAGUCAAUCUUCUGGGUCCGAGAUUUUUACAUGGCCAUCAAAUGAUGGAAAUAUUCGGCCCCAUAAGUUCUCGUACGGCUCGAGCAAACGAGGUUAAUAUGAUUUUUAUCAUACAGCGUUUUGAUCAUCCCAAAAAUCACAGCGUCGUUUCUGUGCGGGCCAUAUGAGGAUGACGGGCCCAUUAAUCAACCAAUGAGAGCGCCCGUGGUACGCUGAUCAACCAAUGAGAGCGCCCGUGGUACGCUAAUCAACAAAAGAGAGCGCGCGUAGUACGCUAACCAACCAAUACGAGCGCACGUAGUACGCUAAUCAACCAAUAAGAGCGCCUGUGGUACGCUUAUCAACCAAUGAGAGCGCGCGUAGUACGCUAAUCAACCAAUGAGAUUGCCCGUGGUACGCUAAUCAACAAAAGAGAGCGCGCGUAGUACGCUAACCAACCAAUGAGAGCGCGCGUAGUACCGUAGUUUGUAUAAUGCCUGCCUUUUAGGUUCAAAUACAAUCUUUUUUAUAAUAACUUUUUUUUAUAAAAACGUCAGGCGUGAGAUGUCACAUGUCGAGGCUCAGAUAGUAGCAAAAUAUUGUAUUGUUAGUUAGGUGCGUUUUAAAAUGCAGAAUAAAA